CUCUAUUGGCAUUUUGUAAAUUAACCGUGCAUUAAAAAAAAAAACAACAGUUGCAUUCCAUUGAGAGGCAUUAGGUUUUGAGCAUGUUCAGUAUAAGUGAGCUAUGCUGCAUGUUCUGCUGUCCACCCUGUCCUGGACCGAUAGCGGCCAAACUAGCUUUCCAGCCUCCGGAACCAACAUAUAAAUUAACUCCAGCUGAUGACACAAAUAUAAGAUAUAAUUUACAACUCUUCGACCGCGCCGAAUGGCAGUAUUCUGAACGGGAAAAAUCGAAAGUAGAAGCUUUUUUUACUCGGACGUCGCGUGGCAACUUGAUUACAUGCAUAUAUGUCCGGUGUAGCAAGAAUGCUAAAUACACGUUAUUGUUUUCGCAUGGAAACGCGGUCGAUUUGGGGCAGAUGAGUAGCUUUUAUCUCACCCUUGGGUCCCAAAUUAAUUGCAAUAUAUUUGGGUACGACUAUUCGGGAUAUGGCAUGAGUGGAGGAAAGCCCUCCGAAAAGAAUUUAUAUGCAGACAUUGAAGCUGCUUGGCAAGCCAUGCGAAAUAGGUUAAACAUUAGCCCAGAGACAAUAAUUUUGUAUGGUCAGAGCAUAGGAACUGUGCCAACAGUUGACUUGGCUUCGCGUCACGAAGUUGGGGCUGUGAUACUUCAUUCGCCAUUAAUGUCUGGUCUGAGAGUGGUAUUUAGAAACACAAAGAGAACUUGGUUUUUUGACGCUUUCCCUAGUAUUGAUAAAGUGGCUAAAGUUAAGGCUCCGGUUCUUGUUAUUCAUGGAACUGAUGACGAGGUCAUUGACUUUUCUCAUGGAAUCGGUAUCUACGAGCGGUGCCCAAAGACUGUGGAACCAUUUUGGGUUGAGGGCGCUGGCCAUAAUGAUGUUGAACUGCAUCCACAAUACUACGAACGCUUGAGAAAAUUUCUUUCAGUGGAACUCAUCAAAUGACAAUUAAAGAGCAAUGUCGAUGCAGGAGUUGGUGUUAGUGACACUACAGCAGUUGUAUCUAAUCUAAAUCCUGUCGAAGGAAGUUUGCCCCCAAGUCCAAAACACCUUAAUACCUUAGCUGCUACAGAAAAAGAAUCAACUAGAAAAUCUUUGGCCACAAAUACAACACGGAUAGAAAAUGAUGGUGCCCCAAAUUCCAGCCAGAAUUCCGCUAAAUCUCAUCAACAGAAGUUUCUUUAGCAAAAACAUUCGGGCUCUUAUUAUGCAGCCCAACCAAUCUCCUCCGAGCAACCGAAAAU